GAAUAUUUUUGUCAUGUUUUUUGUUUGCUAUGAAAUUGCCUGGCACAUUCGGAAUACUCGGACCUAAAACCUUUUCCACACAGGAGGUGACCUGACAGAUCCCACUGUAAUGACCCUGAAGUGACUUUACUCUACAGUAAGCUGACGUGGUGUGUUUCCACGCCUGUGCAGUACAGUAGACGCGUCUUCAGGGAGCGUUAUUUCAGGAGGUCGAGCGCCCGGAAUGGGAUCCGCAAUUUGUCCAGCGUGUGUGAUUGGUUGAUCAGAGCUGUGACGUCACUGCGCGGUUUAUCCUUCUGAGCGCUCCAGUGGCUCUAAACGGGACUGGCAGCAGAAGCAGGAUGGAGCGCGGCUCGUUUGGAGCCACGGCGUGGUGGCGCGCCACCGAAGAGCCAAAGUUUGGAUAAUUAAGUACAUUUGAGAAACAAGUUUUCUCACAGAGCGCAGACGCACAUCAUGGGGGACGGGUUACCGUCCACGAACUAUACCAACGACACCAAACGGGGGCAGGUGGAUCUUAACGGUCCGGACAGCAGUUUCUCGGAGCAGUGGGUCGUAGCUAUGGGGAUGGUCAUGGCUCUGAUUGUGAUCAUCACUGUAGUGGGGAAUAUACUGGUUAUUGUAGCUAUAGCGCGGAAUCAGAGGUUGCAGACCCUGACCAAUGUGUUUAUUGUGUCUCUAGCGUGCGCCGAUCUGAUCAUGGGAUUGUUGGUGGUACCGUUUGGCGCAUCGUUGGAGCUCCGGGGCGCGUGGCUUUACGGCUCCUACUUCUGCGAGGUGUGGAUCUCUGUGGACGUCCUCUGCGUCACGGCCAGCAUCGAGACCCUCUGCGUGAUCGCCAUAGACAGGUACAUUGCCAUCACGUGGCCGUUCCGUUACCAAAGUCUUUUGACCAAGUCGAGAGCUAAAGGACUCGUGUGCGCGGUGUGGGCUGUGUCGGCUCUCGUCUCGUUUCCGCCGAUCCUGCUUCAUUGGUCGCGCGACAGGGACGACACCGAGUGCUACGACGACCCGGAGUGCUGCGACUUCAUCACCAACCGCGCGUACGCCUUAGCCUCUUCAGUCAUAUCCUUCUACAUUCCUCUGGUGGUUAUGGUGUUCGUUUACGCUCGCGUCUACCGGGAAGCCAAGAAGCAGCUCCAGAAAAUAGACAAGUGCGAAGGGAGAUUUUAUAACAACCACGGAGUCUCUGCGUGCAAGCUGAACCGAAAGCGGCCGUCCGGGAUUGUGGCCAUGAAGGAACAGAAGGCGCUUAAGACACUCGGCAUCAUCAUGGGGACUUUCACUCUGUGCUGGCUGCCCUUCUUCCUGGUCAAUGUGGUGCGCGGAUUCUGCGCCGAGGCAGUGGACAAGGAGCUCUUCGUCUUUUUCAACUGGCUCGGUUACGCCAACUCGGCGUUCAACCCACUUAUCUACUGCCGCAGCCCGGACUUCAGGAAGGCUUUCCGCAGGCUGCUCAUGCCGUGCUGGCCGAGCCGCGCAGAUCACGCGCUCACAGUGAGCUCGUGCGAGUUGUCGCGCUGUGCGGUGGAGAGUCGCGCGCUCGCGCCAUGGACCGACUGCAACGGUACCCGGGACAGCAACUGUAGUCUGGACCGCAGCAGCAGAGUGUCUCACACCGAGUCUCAGCUCUGACCUUUUACUCCGGAUUUAUCUCUGGACAUAAUUUCAAUUCGAAUUGUAAAAAAAAAAAAAAAGAGGUUAUUUAUUAAUUGCUGUCAUAAACGAAAUCAAACGGAAAAGGUGUGUUAAACAUUCAGACCAGUUGGUUUUGUUUAUAUAGGUUUGUGCAGAUACAUGUGCCAGAAACUAUGGCAUUGCCUAAUGGGCCUUUCAGGACAAUCUUAAUUGCAGUGAUGCGAAUAGAAAGAAUACAUAAUAGUGAAAUUGACAAAUUUCCAUAAUAAAAUUCCCAAACCCACACUUCAGUAUGUAUAAAAUUGGGCACCAAUAAACAUUUUAAGAAUUAAUUUAUAAUUUAUGGUUUACUAUUAGACACUAAUAAUCAGACAAAUCCUCACAUCUCGUUUCUAUAGGAGUCCUUAUGAGGACAAAAAAAAAAUACCACCAGUUAGUUCAUCUACUGGUGUGUCAUUAUUAGACUCUGAACAGGAAAUGAAGAGCCAAGAGGUGUUUUAACAUUUGCCCUACAUACAUGGCCAUGAAAAGAGACAUUUCUGUUUAUUUUGAGCACUGACACUGCAUGAACAUUUUUUAGAGCCAUUUUCACCAAUCUGUCAUGUGUCAUACUGUACAUAGGAAUGUGUGACAUCUGACAUUGCAGCAUACUACAGAAAUGUGCACAUUGUACGAAAUGAAAUUGUUUAUAUUAAACAGUCAUAUCAAUCUGUACAAUAUUUAUUUAGUACCAUGUACACCUGAUAGAGAGUUUUCAUCAUGUGAGCAUAUAAAAGGAACUGUGAUUCAGUGCUUUGUAUUUGCACCUUAUAUACCGUCAAAUGUGAGCUGCUUCUUUUCUCGUUGAAUAGGAUAUUUAAUAUUUCAAAGUGGCAGUCUGCCUAAUACUGAAAUGGAGGCUCUGUGAUUUAUUUACUGAGUCAAUAAUAGGUCUGGUCCUGUUUUAUUCAGUUGAUUUUUUUUCCUGCCCCAGGUCCAUAUAUCUAGAUUUGUCAUUAAUGUACGAGCGCCUCAUAUAAUGUAUACUGUGGUCACAUAUAUGAGUGUGCAAUAAAUGAUCCAGUUGUAAAUGAA